UUAUGGGCCUCAAUUCCCGGCGAGGAAAGCGGUGGUCCAGAACGCUGGGGAAGGAUUUGAACCCUAGGCGUGUUCCACAGUCCUGUUCUGUGCCGGGCCUUUACCUUUGCCCACCGCCGCCGCCCACUGGGCAACAGGUUCUACUUUUGCUGGCUGCAGUGCCAGGACCCGCCACGCCACGCCCCCACCCAGCCCGGCAGGUGUCAGGUGACGUCAGAGCCCCGUCCCGCCUCCUGACGCCAGAGGCCCCACCCCCUGCUGGACCGCAGAGCCGGCCUCACCUGGGUGUCGGAGAGGAUCUGGACACAGAGGCCUCCCCAUCUCUACCGCCAGGCGCCCAGACCAUGGCCGCAGUGACCUUGUCCGUGCCUGGGAGGAAGGUGGCCUCCAGGCCAGGCCCGGUACCUGAGGCAGCCCAGCCGUUUCUGUUUGCGCCCCGUAUGCCAAAUGUGGGUGGCCCUGGAGGGCCACAGGUGGAGUGGACAGCGCGGCGCCUGGUGUGGGUGCCGUCGGAACUGCACGGGUUCGAGGCGGCAGCCCUGCGGGAUGAAGGGGAGGAGGAGGCAGAAGUGGAGCUGGCGGAGAGCGGUCGGCGCCUGCGGCUGCCCAGGGACCAGAUCCAGCGCAUGAACCCGCCCAAAUUCAGCAAGGCAGAGGACAUGGCUGAGCUCACCUGCCUCAAUGAGGCCUCGGUCCUGCACAACCUACGAGAGCGCUACUACUCCGGGCUCAUUUAUACCUACUCAGGCCUCUUCUGUGUGGUCAUCAAUCCAUACAAGCAGCUGCCCAUCUACACGGAGGCCAUCGUGGAGAUGUACCGGGGCAAGAAACGCCAUGAAGUGCCGCCUCACGUGUACGCUGUGACCGAGGGCGCGUACCGCAGCAUGCUUCAGGAUCGUGAGGAUCAGUCCAUUCUCUGCACAGGGGAGUCUGGAGCCGGGAAGACGGAAAACACUAAGAAGGUUAUCCAGUACCUGGCCCACGUGGCAUCAUCUCCAAAGGGCAGGAAGGAGCCUGGAGUCCCUGCCUCCGUCAGCGCCAUGUCUUAUGGGGAGCUAGAGCGGCAGCUUCUUCAAGCCAACCCCAUCCUGGAGGCCUUUGGCAAUGCCAAGACUGUCAAGAACGACAACUCUUCCCGAUUUGGAAAAUUUAUCCGCAUCAACUUUGAUGUUGCUGGCUACAUCGUGGGAGCAAACAUCGAGACCUAUCUGCUGGAGAAGUCCCGGGCCAUCAGGCAGGCCAAGGACGAAUGCAGCUUCCAUAUCUUCUACCAGCUGCUAGGGGGCGCUGGGGAGCAGCUAAGAGCUGACCUCCUUCUGGAGCCCUGUUCCCAUUACCGCUUCCUGACCAACGGGCCCUCCUCGACCCCCGGCCAGGAGCGGGAGCUAUUCCAGGAGACGCUGGAGUCCCUGCGCGUGCUGGGCUUCCUUCCAGAGGAGAUCACCGCCAUGCUGCGCACUGUCUCAGCUGUCCUCCAGUUUGGCAACAUUGUCUUGAGGAAAGAGCGCAACACGGACCAAGCCACCAUGCCUGACAACACAGCUGCCCAGAAGCUCUGCCGCCUCUUAGGACUCGGGGUGACCGACUUCUCCAGAGCCCUUCUCACACCCCGCAUCAAGGUUGGCCGAGAUUAUGUCCAGAAAGCACAGACCAAGGAGCAGGCCGACUUCGCGCUGGAGGCACUGGCCAAAGCUACCUAUGAGCGCCUGUUCCGCUGGCUGGUUCUGCGGCUCAACCGCGCCCUGGACAGAAGCCCGCGGCAGGGUGCCUCCUUCCUGGGCAUCCUGGACAUCGCGGGCUUUGAGAUCUUCCAGCUGAACUCCUUCGAGCAGCUGUGCAUCAACUACACCAACGAGAAGCUGCAGCAGCUCUUCAACCACACCAUGUUCGUGCUGGAGCAGGAGGAGUACCAGCGGGAGGGCAUCCCCUGGACGUUCCUGGACUUUGGGUUGGACCUGCAGCCCUGCAUCGACCUCAUCGAGCGGCCGGCAAACCCUCCAGGCCUCCUGGCGCUGCUGGACGAGGAGUGCUGGUUCCCCAAGGCCACGGACAAGUCUUUCGUGGAGAAGGUGGCCCAGGAGCAGGGCAGCCACCCCAAGUUCCAGCGCCCCAGGCACCUGCGGGAUCAGGCCGACUUCAGCGUGCUGCACUACGCAGGCAAGGUUGACUACAAAGCCAGUGAAUGGCUGAUGAAGAACAUGGACCCGUUGAAUGACAACGUGGCUGCCUUGCUUCACCAGAGCACGGAUCGUCUCACGGCUGAGAUCUGGAAGGAUGAACAAGGGGGCCUCCAACAGUUCACUUUACUUGGCUCAUUUCCAUCGUCACCCCCUGGACCUGCAGGCCCUGGUGCUCCUCCGCCAGGGGGUGGGUCUCUCUGUGCACCCACGGUGGAGGGCAUUGUGGGGCUGGAGCAGGUGAGCAGCCUUGGGGAUGGGCCGCCAGGAGGCCGCCCCCGCCGUGGGAUGUUCCGGACGGUGGGGCAGCUCUACAAGGAAUCUCUCAGCCGCCUCAUGGCCACACUCAGCAACACCAACCCUAGUUUUGUCCGCUGCAUCGUCCCCAAUCAUGAGAAGAGGGCUGGGAAGCUGGAGCCGCGCCUGGUGCUGGACCAGCUCCGCUGUAACGGGGUCCUCGAGGGUAUCCGCAUCUGCCGCCAGGGCUUCCCCAACCGCAUACUCUUCCAGGAGUUCCGGCAGCGCUAUGAGAUCCUCACCCCAAACGCCAUUCCCAAGGGCUUCAUGGACGGCAAACAGGCCUGUGAAAAGAUGAUCCAAGCCCUGGAGCUAGACCCCAACCUCUACCGUGUUGGCCAAAGCAAGAUCUUCUUCCGGGCGGGAGUCCUGGCCCAGCUGGAGGAGGAGCGGGACCUGAAGGUCACGGACAUCAUAGUGUCUUUCCAGGCAGCGGCCCGGGGCUACCUGGCCCGCAGGGCCUUCCAGCGCAGGCAGCAGCAGCAGAGUGCCCUGAGGGUGAUGCAGCGGAACUGCGCCGCCUACCUCAAGCUGAGGAACUGGCAGUGGUGGAGACUGUUCAUCAAGGUGAAGCCCCUGCUGCAGGUGACGCGACAGGAUGAGGUGCUGCAGGCGCGUGCCCAGGAGCUGCAGAAGGUUCAGGAGCUGCAGCAGCAGAGUGCGCGUGAAGUGGGAGAGCUGCAGAGCCGAGUGGCACAGCUGGAGGAGGAGCGCUCGCGCCUGGCCGAGCAGCUGCGCGCAGAAGCCGAGCUGUGCUCCGAGGCCGAGGAGACCAGGGCGCGAUUGGCCUCCCGGAAGCAGGAGCUGGAGCUGGUGGUGUCAGAGCUGGAGGCGCGAGUGGGCGAGGAGGAAGAGUGCAGCCGGCAGCUGCAGGGCGAGAAAAAGCGGCUGCAGCAGCACAUCCAGGAGCUGGAGACCCACCUGGAGGCCGAGGAGGGCGCUCGGCAGAAGCUGCAGCUGGAGAAGGUGACCACAGAGGCCAAGAUGAAGAAGUUUGAGGAAGACCUGCUGCUCCUGGAGGACCAGAAUGCCAAACUGAGCAAGGAGCGGAGGCUGCUGGAGGAGCGCCUGGCAGAGUUCUCCUCGCAGGCAGCCGAAGAGGAAGAGAAAGUCAAGAGCCUCAAUAAGCUGAGGCUCAAAUAUGAAGCCACGAUCGCAGACAUGGAGGACCGGCUGAAGAAGGAGGAGAAAGGCCGCCAGGAGCUGGAGAAGCUGAAGCGGCGCCUGGAUGGGGAGAGCUCGGAGCUUCAGGAACAGAUGGUGGAGCAGAAGCAGCGGGCAGAGGAGCUGCUUGCACAGCUGGGCCGCAAGGAGGAAGAGCUGCAGGCAGCCCUGGUCAGGGUAGAGGAGGAGGGUGGUGCCCGUGCCCAGCUGCUCAAGUCCCUGCGAGAAGUGCAGGCUGGCCUGGCUGAGGCCCAGGAGGACCUGGAGUCUGAGCGGGCAGCCAGGGCCAAGGCAGAGAAGCAGCGCCGGGACCUGGGCGAGGAGCUGGAAGCCCUGCGUGGGGAGCUGGAGGACACCCUGGACUCCACCAAUGCCCAGCAGGAACUUCGGUCCAAGAGGGAGCAGGAGGUGACGGAGCUGAAGAAGGCUUUGGAAGAGGAGGCCCGUGCUCAUGAGGUAGCCAUGCAGGAGCUGAGGCAGAGGCAUGGCCAGGCUGUGGGGGAGCUGGCGGAGCAGCUGGAGCAAGCCCGGAGGGGUAAAGGAGUGUGGGAGAAGACCCGACUAGCCCUGCAGGCCGAGGUGUCCGAGCUGAGGGCUGAGCUGAGCAGCCUGCAGACCUUGAGACAGGAAGGUGAGCAGAAGAGGCGGCGCCUGGAGUCCCAGCUACAGGAGGUCCAGGGCCGGGCCAGCGACACGGAGCAGGCACGGGCGGAGGCAGCUGAGAAGCUGCAGAGAGCCCAGGCUGAACUUGAGAGCGUGUCCACAGCACUGAGCGAGGCUGAGUCCAAGGCCAUCAGGCUCGGCAAGGAGCUGAGCAGUGCGGAGUCCCAGCUGCACGACACCCAGGAGCUGCUGCAGGAGGAGACCAGGGCAAAGCUGGCCUUGGGGUCGCGUGUGCGUGCCCUCGAGGCCGAGGCUGCGGGGCUUCGGGAGCAGAUGGAGGAGGAGGUGGUCGCCAGGGAGCGGGCUGGCCGUGAGCUGCAGACCGCACAGGCCCAGCUCUCUGAAUGGCGGCGACGGCAAGAGGAAGAGGCUACGGCGCUGGAGGCUGGCGAGGAGGCUCGCCGCCGUGCAGCCCGGGAGGCAGAGGCCCUGGCCCAGCGCCUGGCAGAAAAGACAGAGGCUGUAGAGAGGCUGGAGCGAGCCCGGCGGCGGCUGCAGCAAGAGCUAGACGAUGCCACUGUGGACCUGGGGCAGCAGAAACAGCUCCUGAGCACACUGGAGAAGAAGCAGCGCAAGUUUGACCAGCUCCUGGCAGAGGAGAAGGCUGCCGUGCUGCGGGCUGUGGAGGACCGAGAACGGGUGGAGGCCGAAGGCCGGGAGCGAGAGGCCCGGGCCCUGUCGCUGACACGGGCCCUGGAGGAGGAGCAGGAGGCUCGGGAGGAGCUGGAGAGACAGAACCGUGCGCUGCGGGCUGAGCUGGAGGCACUGCUGAGCAGCAAGGAUGACGUGGGCAAGAAUGUGCACGAGCUGGAGAGAGCCCGCAGGGCGGCCGAGCAGGCCGCCAGUGACCUUCGGACACAGGUGACAGAACUGGAGGACGAGCUGACUGCCACAGAGGAUGCCAAGCUGCGUCUGGAGGUCACGGUGCAGGCACUGAAGGCUCAGCACGAGCGAGACCUGCAGGGCCGAGACGAUGCUGGUGAGGAGAGGCGGAGGCAGCUGGCCAAGCAGCUGAGAGAUGCCGAGGUGGAGCGCGAUGAGGAACGGAAGCAGAGGGCACUGGCUAUGGCUGCCCGCAAGAAGCUGGAGUCUGAACUGGAGGAGCUGAAGGCCCAGACAUCUGCUGCCGGGCAGGGCAAGGAAGAGGCAGUGAAGCAGCUGAAAAAGAUGCAGGCCCAGAUGAAGGAGCUGUGGCGAGAGGUGGAGGAGACGCGCAGCUCCCGGGAGGAGAUCUUUACCCUUAACAAAGAAAGCGAGAAAAGGCUCAAGGGGCUGGAAGCAGAGGUGCUGAGGCUGCAGGAGGAACUGGCUGCCUCAGACCGGGCCCGGAGACAGGCCCAGCAGGACAGAGAUGAGAUGGCAGAGGAGGUGGCCAGUGGCAACCUUAGCAAGACAGCCAUUCUGGAGGAAAAACGGCAGCUGGAGGGACGUCUGGGGCAGCUGGAGGAGGAGCUGGAGGAAGAACAGAGCAACUCUGAGCUGCUCAAGGACCAUUACCGGAAGCUGCUGCUACAGGUAGAGUCUCUUACUACAGAGCUGUCUGCUGAACGCAGUUUUUCAGCCAAGGCUGAGAGCGGAAGGCAGCAGCUGGAGCGGCAGAUUCAGGAACUGCGGGCUCGCCUAGGUGAAGAGGACGCAGGAUCCCGAGCUCGGCAGAAGAUGCUGAUCGCUGCUCUUGAGUCUAAGCUGGCCCAGGCAGAGGAGCAGCUAGAGCAGGAGACCAGAGAGCGCAUCCUCUCUGGCAAGCUGGUGCGCAGAGCUGAGAAGCGGCUGAAGGAGGUGGUUCUUCAGGUGGACGAAGAACGCAGGGUGGCUGACCAGCUCCGGGACCAGCUGGAGAAAAGCAACCUCCGGCUGAAGCAGCUUAAGAGGCAGCUGGAGGAGGCAGAGGAAGAAGCCUCCCGGGCACAGGCUGGCAGGAGGCGGCUGCAGCGGGAGCUGGAGGACGUCACAGAGUCGGCGGAAUCCAUGAACCGGGAGGUGACCACGCUGAGGAACAGGCUCCGGCGUGGCCCGCUCACCUUCACCACGCGCACCGUGCGCCAGGUGUUCAGGCUGGAGGAGGGCGUGGCUUCUGACGAAGAGGAGGCUGAGGGGGCAGAGCCUGGGUCUGCACCACCCCAGGAGCCUGAGGCUCCGCCCCCUGCCACACCCCAGUGACCCAGUGUGUUCUAGAAGUUCCAAGGACAGAGCCUGUCCCAGUGACCCUCCCGGUUUGCACUUUGAAAUGACGAAGCCCUCUGGCAUUGAUGAAUCCUACUGAGACCCCAAGACCCUUGCCCACUGGGGACUUCGAAUCAAGGCCCCAAACCAAGGAGCCAGGCGGGAGGGAGGCCAGGACGGUCAUUCUUGUCAGGGGGACGGAAUGAGAAUGGAUAGCAGGGACCUGCUCCUGCCUUGAGCAGCCCUCUUCCCUGCAGAGGGCAGGCAGGGCAUCUCCGUCCCCUCCCAGUGUACUGCCUUCUUUUAUGGGGGGAGGGUCUGUGUUCUCAGAGGUCAGUGCUCAGGUCCCUCCAGGCGCCGAAGAAAUAAACUGGCUGGACCCUUCA